UUUCACGAAUUUGAACACUCUCUAAAGAUGUUGGUGAAAAUUAGUUUAGUCCUCUUAGUGCUCUAUGUGGCGUACCGUUGGUAUGAUCGUUUUGACCCUGGUAAGUGCUCUGUGGCGUACCGUUGGUAUGAUCGUUUUGACCCUGGUAAGUGCUCUGUGGCGUACCGUUGGUAUGAUCGUUUUGACCCUGGUAAGUGCUCUGUGGCGUACCGUUGGUAUGAUCGUUUUGACCCUGGUAAGUGCUCUGUGGCGUACCGUUGGUAUGAUCGUUUUGACCCUGGUAAGUGCUCUGUGGCGUACCGUUGGUAUGAUCGUUUUGACCCUGCUAUGGUGAAAGGCAAGCAUGUGAUAGUGACUGGUGCGUCUACUGGCAUUGGUGAACAAAUAGCAUAUCAUUAUGCCAGAAUGGGAGCUAGUGUUGUUGUGACUGCAAGGACUGAGAAAAAGCUGCAGCAGGUUGUGAAAAACUGUAAAGAGUUUGGCAAAGGUCUUGGCAGCUCGUUUCAUUAUGUAACUGCUGAUAUGGAGAGAAUGGAGGAGACUAAAAAGGUUGUAGAUUUUGCAGUGGACAAAUUUGGUGGCAUUGAUGUCCUUGUUCUCAAUCACAUCCUUCCUGUAGCACCUAACGAGUGGACAGGCUCAUCGGACAACAUCACCCUCCAUGAGCGUGUAUUCAAGGUCAACUUCUUCUCUUACGUCCGAAUGUACUCAUACGCCAUGCCAAUUAUUGAAAAGGCUGCUGGACGCGUGAUUGUGAUGUCAUCAGUGACAGGAGUUGUCAACUUUCCCCUGCUUGCAACUUAUGGCUCAACAAAGUAUGCGAUAAAUGGUUUCUUUGGUAACCUCCAGAUGGAGCUUCUCAGCCGCAAGUCGCCAGCAUCUAUUACCAGGUGCACCAUUGGUCUUAUAUCUACCGAUAAUGCAAUAAAGUUCUUCCGUGAAUCAAAGUUGGGUAAAAAUGAAGCAUUUGUCCCGAUUGCGACUCCGUCCGAUACGGCCCUUGCUGUGAUCAAGGGAGGAACCUUGAGAGAGACUGAAGUAUUUUAUCCUGUUCUGGUCGCAAGGUUCGCCUCAACAUUCCCGACAUUUGUAUCGCAUAUGGAACGCUUCACAGGCUGGCUGCUUAAUGGAGAGUGAUCAUGGUGAUCAUGGGUCAAGUCCUUUCCUUGGAUGUCCAUGUUCUUGCUUUACAUGUCCUCAUUGGGCGUAGGUGGCAGUGGAACCCUUGGAUGCUGGACAAUCACUGAGAAGACCAAAUAUUUCAUGAAACAUUUACACUUUCUACAAGAGCUGUGAAGACAAUUGCACAGCCUAGUCUUCCCUUACCAGAUUGCAUGUCAUAGAAGCCAUAGUAUCACCACAGUUCCUGUAUAAGACAUCACAACUAUGAGUCACUGAUAAAACAAAGAUUUCACUUCUUCUAAUGUAAUACCCCAUGUGUGUUUGUGACUAACAACUAUUCACGCUUGUACAACGAAUAUAUGAAGAGAUGAAUCUUAACGUGACCCAGGGCCCUCACUGUGCAUAUUAGUCACCUAAAGAUGGCCAAUAUAACCCCACUGCUCCUGCCUAUAGUCUCCCUUUAAUAGAGAGGCUGUUUUGUGGUCACUGUACCACUGACAACUAUUGUUAAUAAGAACGGUGAAUAGGCCUUGGAUGUCAUUCUCUAUGUUAACUCAACAGUGAACGAAAACUUCUGUCCCUGUGGAGAACGGAGACCGAAGAUGCAUGUCAGUCACCACCAGCGAGGCGAUGCGAUUGGCUGUCCGUGGACAGGCUUUGAGUGGUUGUGCCAAUUGAGACCAGUCACAAUCAAAAUAAGUAUGGUGAAGACCUAGUUGGCUCACACCCAACACAUACCCAAAAUAGAAAUAGGGACAGCUUAUCAAAUGUCAGUAGUUUCAAGGGACAUUCCGAUUCUUGUAUUGCAAUAUUUCAGGCAGAAACAGCAGAUUAGCCAAAGCAUUCGGUAAUAAAUCAUGAUAUUAUGAGGGCUCUCAAACUUGGGACAAUCUAGCUACCAUAUUCGGAAAGUGGAUGUGAAUUAUCAUCGCGUAAUUCUGUUGGCAGAGGCAGGCGUCGACAGACUUACAGCCAGAGAGAUGAUGAUGUCGGUGGAUGCCCUGUCACAUUUAGGAAAUUGGUUUUCUGGCAACAAAGUAUAUCAAGUCCGUUGACACCUGAUGGAUAGAUCCGUGGAGGUUAAGUGCGAGAGGUGUGGUUUCGUCACAGCAGCGGAACUAAACGUCUAUAGGACGUGCCGUCAUCGGACAUGUGACGAGUGUUACGAAGUGGAGGAGAUGUCUUCGGAGACAGAAGGCGGGAAUAUCUCCUUCAACUCAAACUGUCCUGUUUGCCAGAGGCGUAUUCUGUUCCAGUCGACGAGGCGGGAUCAGCAUUUUCCGCCAUAUUUCAUGAGAUUUGAUAUAAUCAGGAAUGGGCAGGAGAGACAAGCGCCUGUCGUCUGUGGGGAAUGUUGUAAUGACGAUCUCCGCGCCGAUGGUACAAGUCGCUGCCUGGAUUGUGGCGUUUACCUUUGCGAUGUGUGUGCAGACAAGCAUGGUGUGGGUGGGAGACGACACAGAAUCUUCACCCUGACGGAACUUCGCGAAGGAAACUUUUUUGACGAGUUCCGUCUCGUUCCUCGAGACGAUCCGUCUCAUUGCUACAGACAUCCUGGGACACAGUUUUCCCAUUGGUGCGAACAUUGUGAUUGCACAAUAUGUCUCUUAUGCAUACGUCAUCAUGACGGUCACAGCAUCACUCCUUUGACACAGACAUUGACUUAUAUGCAAACCCAAGUGAAUAGGCUAAAACUGACUAUAGAAGGUUUCAUUGAGGACUUUGAAAAACUGACGCAAAGGCAUGAACGAAAAAAAAAGUUGGUGCAAGACCAUUUUGGGUAUUUGAGAGACUCAAUCAAAUCUGCUGCCGAAAUACGAAAAAGAAAGAUCGAUCAGGACGCAGACGAACUUUUGAGACAGGUCAGUCAAAUACACGAGGAUUAUGAGUCAAAGUGUAAAAUGGUGGAGGAAAUGAUGGAGACUGAAGACGUUGCCACGCAGGCGUGGAAUAAACUCCUUGGUUGUUUUUUCAAAGAUGGCGUCAAUUUAGCAGACGACAAGUUGAUUGAUUGUUUUCAGUUCUUGAAAGCAAAUGAAAAUCUUGUUCAAGAACAGAGAGAAACAAUAGAAGAAAUAUCCAAAAGUGCUCCAAAAUUAUCCGAGAUCAAAAACUGUGUUUUCAAAGCGAACUUAAACACUUUCAGGAACUCUCGGACUGAGAAUUUAGUGGGUGCCAUUGACACGCCCAUCUUGAUGUUGGUUGGGGAGGUGGCGGAGGAAGGGGGGGUCUGGGUGAUUGUAGGGGAAAGAGGAAGGCGGACAAGUCGGAACCAAAAGAAUCUCGUAAUUCCGCACUUCAUGACUCUAGAUUCAAAGGAAUCCGUUUAUGCGCAACAGAGACCAAGAAAACUUAGUUUUAAUAUGUUUAGCACGAUUCAUUAAGCAGUAAAUUGCAGGGAGAGUCCCACACUCAAAGCGUAAUCUUUCCCACCAUUACGGAAUCGGCCCCCACUAGGUUGUCAGCCAUGAAAUCAUUCGCGUUACAGCUUUGCAACUAUGGAUACAAACGUACGUGUGGUAAUUCGUUUAUUACAAUAUAUACAUGUAGUGUUAAUUCCAGCUUUCGCACUGAGGCCAAUGAUCUGAGGUCUUGGAAAUGGAAAAUGCGCGUAAACUUGUGUAACAUUCUGGUUGUUCCACAUCAUCAGUGUGAAUCGUGAGUGAGCCCUAAUUGGACAGUGGGGGCAUAGAGAACCGUACCUACACCCAACAGUGAGGCAAACACUGAGAGGGCAGAAACACUCAAGAUAUUUCACUGUCACACCGCUCCUGACCGCGUUCACAGCAUCCCCACAACAAACCUCAGGCAGAAGUUUCCGUAAAAAAAUUAAAUUUGA